CUCUCUCCCCCGCUAUUUGGGAGUGUCCGCGUUUCUGGAGUAAAGUGUCGUGUCCUCGCUGUGUGGAGCUGAGGGACAAGGGAGAGGUGUUUGCCGUGUUGGAGCAAUUCCUGUGACCUUGGCUCGUGUUCUGAGGGGACAAUGUCCAGCGUGCCAGUGGCUGUGGUGACGGGGUCCAACAAAGGGGUUGGCUUGGCCAUCGUGCGGGCCCUGUGCAAACAAUUCCCGGGGGAUGUGUACCUGACAUCCCGGGAUCCUGGCCGUGGCCAGGCUGCCGUGGCACAGCUCCAGCAGGAGGGGCUGCGGCCGCUUUUCCACCAGCUGGACAUCGAUGACCUGCAGAGCAUCCGAGCGUUCCGGGACUUCCUGAAGGACAAGUAUGGAGGGAUCAACGUGCUGGUGAACAACGCUGGCAUUGCUUUCAAAGUUAAUGACACCACUCCAUUUGCAGUCCAAGCUGAGGUUACACUGAAGACAAACUUUUUUGGAACCAGGAAUGUUUCCACAGAAUUGCUGCCUCUUAUGAAGCCUUAUGGCCGGGUGGUGAAUGUUUCCAGCAUGCAGAGCAGCUUAGCCCUGGGACGCUGCAGUCAGGAGCUCCAGCAGAAAUUUCGCAGUGACACCAUCACCGAGGAUGAGCUGGUGCAGCUCAUGAACAAAUUCGUGGAAGACACCAAGAAAAAUAUCCAUGAGAAGGAGGGUUGGCCAAACACUGCCUAUGGGGUGUCCAAAAUCGGGGUCACUGUCUUGUCCAGGAUCCAAGCCCGGCUGUUAAAUGAGCAAAGGAAAGGUGACCACAUCCUCCUCAAUGCCUGCUGCCCUGGCUGGGUGAGGACAGACAUGGCAGGUCCCAAAGCCACCAAGUCCCCAGAUGAGGGGGCUGAGACCCCUGUUUAUCUGGCCCUUUUGCCUUCCAGUGCUGAUGCUCCUCAUGGCCAAUUUGUCAGUGACAAAACUGUCAAACCCUGGUGAGUUCAGGGAGGUGGGGAUCAAAAGGGGCCUGAGCUCCUUUUCCUGAUUUCCCUCCUAAUUCCAUCAGUGCCAGCCCUUUUCCCACUCCCCUGGGAUGGAUCUCAGACAUAGAGCUGGGAUGAGGAAGCAGGUGCCUUACCUCUCAUCACAGUAGAAUUUUCCAGGAUCCAGAGCUGUUCUGGAGGCUGCACAGGGUUUUCUAAAGAGGAUGGGAUUGUUUUAGAGUUGCUGUGAUCUGUCUGGGGGGAGACUCGAGACCAGAAUCACUGUUGGACAGACAUUCCUUACUGUCAGAACUAAAUGGAAUUAGGUGAAAAUAAAAAUAGCACUGAUCCACCAUUUAUAGCCAAACAUAAUCAGUUGGGGUUAUUAAUAUCUCAAUAAAUAAUUACUCAUUUAUAUUCUGGUACUAAAAACUUAUAAAGCUGGGAAAUAUAUUUUCAUUUUCUGCAGCUACGUUUGUGGCUGGGAUUUGUGAUGUCUGCACUGACUACAGAGAAAAUAAACUACACACCUGA